CAUCAACUUUAUUGUCCCAUCAUUCUUCCAAUUUUCCCAUUGGACCAUAUCCUCUUAACAUCAUCAAAUAGCCCAUCCCAUAUAUUGAAGUAGAUUUAUCCACAUCGAAAUCUUGAAAAUACGUACUUUCGAUUUUAAGCUAAAAUCCUGGAUGCACACUGUAUGGAGGGGAAGACACCCUUAAUUUGGUUUCAAGACAAAAACUUGUUUUUAUUUCUAUCUUUUAGCUUGCUGAUUGGUGUAGCAACUGGUCGGAGUGAUGUAUCAGACGAUGAAUAUACACGUGUUAAAAUUCACGGCAAUCAUGCAUUUUCCUUACUGAAAGUUCAUUCAUUAUCUCAUGAUAAACGUUUUGUACUCGUUCGUGAUCCUCAUAGUUGUACAAAUUUUGAAGAUAAACAUGUUACACGGGAAUCAUUAGAUAGUUUACAAAAGGUACAACGAGCUGAACGUCGAUCCGGUUCGUGUUGGAUAUCAUGGCAGAUGUUUUUAAAAUAUUUUUCAUCAAUCACCAUAUGUCGAUGGCGUGCAGAUAUGUUUGAUGUUCGAGCCGACGGUCAAUUUACAUUAGAUGCUAGUCAACCGAUAACGGUAUAUCAGUUUCAUUUACCAGCAGUCUCACAAAUCAAUAUUAGUCUAUAUUAUCAUAAACAAGAUCGAACACAACGCGUACUUCACACACAAUCAUUUUUAUUAUGUGAUAUUGAUCAUACCAAUGGGAAAACUGGUGAAUUGACUGCAAAUAUAAGCGGCACACGAGAUGGAUUUACGUCUUGGGAUGGAUCACUACGAAGUGGAAAUUAUGUUUUAAUUCCAUUUUCAACUAGUUUCUGGUCAAAGAGUGAAGAUACAUCAGCAUUAAACUAUACUGUUGUGAUUCAUGCAUCAAAUACAUUAGAACUAACUCCCGUUGAAGAACCAGUUACUUACUUGUCUGAUUGUUUAAUAGCGGCUGUUAUUAAAAAUGCCGAUAGAUCAACUAAGGAGAAAGAUUACAAAUAUUAUUCAACGAAAAACGGCUGCAUGGCAUUUGUGGCUGAAAAUUCGUCACAGCAAUAUUUAAACGUCACAAUUGAUUUUGAACAAGCCCGGCGAUUUUCAACUUCAAGACAAGCAUUUUUAACUAUCGAUUCAUUACCGCCGCGUACUCGUCAGAUUCUAUUUGUGGCCGAAUGGAAACCUCAAGGAAAUGGAACAUCAAGUAUGAAUUAUUCAUAUCUUACGGAACUUUGUAGUCAAAAAUCAGAAACUAUACCUCGUCUAAUGGAAAUUGAUAUCCAUCAACCGCGUCCCAUUUCACUUUAG